UUGUUGAUUUGGAGUCUGGGCCGACUUUCAGAACAAGGGGCGUUCGCCAUAUAUUUGCAAGUAUUGGAAGUGUAUUGGUGAACAAAUACUUGCUGAAGUUCUACUCCGCCAUGGGAAAUUGUCAUACUGUUGGACCAAAUGAAGCCUUAGUUCGUUCAGGUGGCUGUUGUGGUAAUGAUGCAAAGAAAACCGUUAUUGGGGGUUGGGUAUGGGCUUGGUGGCUUGUCACAGACGUUCAGUCCAUAACAUUGGAGGUGAUGACUCUCAACCCAAGAUGUGAAAAGGUGGAGACAGCGCAGGGUGUUGCUGUGACUGUGACAGGUGUUGCUCAAGUAAAAGUCAUGACAGAACCUGAACUUCUCAAGACAGCCUGUGAACAGUUUCUGGGAAGAACAACCAGUCAAAUUGAAAACAUUAUCCUUCAAACACUGGAGGGACAUCUCCGAGCCAUUCUUGGUACUUUGUCUGUGGAGGAGAUUUACAAAGAUCGUGAAGCAUUUGCUGCCCUGGUACGUGAAGUGGCUUCUCCUGAUGUAGGAAGGAUGGGCAUUGAAAUCCUCAGCUUCACCAUCAAGGACAUUGAGGAUCAUGUUGAUUAUCUAGACUCAUUGGGUAAAACUCAGACAGCCAAAGUGAAGAGGGAUGCAGAUAUAGGAGUGGCUGAAUCAAACAGGGAUGCAGGAAUAAGAGAAGCAGAGUGCGAGAAAGAAAAGAUGGAUGUAGCUUACCAAGCCCAAACAAAUAUUGCAGACUCUUCAAGAGAAUUUCAGAUGCAGAAAGCUGCCUUUGACCAGGAAGUAAAUGCCAGAAAAGCUGAAGCAGAACUUUCCUAUGAAUUGCAGGCUGCCAAGGAAAAGCAGAAGAUCCGAGCUGAAGAAAUUCAGAUUGAUGUUGUGGAGAGAAAGAAGCAAAUUGAAGUUGAAGAGAAGGAAGUGGCCAGAAAAGACAAAGAAUUAGUUGCUACAGUGAAACGACCCGCUGAAGCUGAGAGUUACAGAGUGGAAACAAUUGCACAAGGAAAAAGGACACAGACUGUGUUUUCAGCGCAGGCAGAUGCAGAGAGGAUUAAGAUGACAGGAAGCUCAGAAGCAUCUGCUAUUGAAGCUGUUGGUAAAGCUGAGGCAGAGGGUAUGAGACAAAAGGCUGCAGCAUACAAAAUGUAUGGAGAUGCUGCCUUAACUGCAUUGGUCUUGGAGGCUUUGCCAAAGGUUGCAGCAGAAGUUGCCGCUCCUCUGGCUAAAACUGACCAAAUUGUUCUUGUUGGUGACAGUGGUUCAGGAGUCACAGGUGAAGUGUCCAAACUUGUGAGUGAACUUCCUCCUGCUGUUCAAGCUCUCACUGGAGUGGAUUUGAGUGGAGUACUGAAGAAGAUUCCUGGUGCAAAAUAAAAUGUUUUGUACUUACCUAUUGCUUACUUUUAGAAUAGAAUAGUUCAUAAUUACAUAUAGUCUGGAUUUUAACACUUGUCAUACUCUUUCUUGCAAUAAAUCAGUUGAUUAACUGUUUAUUAUUAUUAUAACGAAAAUGCUGGCAGCCUCAAGGGUUUGAAUCUAGUUUCAUUCUUCUAAGUUAAAGAGAGUGAAAUUUGUGCAUGAUGUUUGGUAGUUUUGUUAGCCACAUUCCUCCUUCAAUAAGCCCCUCACAUAUCCAGCAUUGCUAAAAAAAUUCAAUUUUGUAUGCAUUUAUAAGCAUUUGGUGUAGCUACAGUGUAAUAACUGUCCAAAAGCAGUUUUGCAAGCAAUUGCAUGGUUUUUAAAUUUGUUCAUUGGGAGUGUAGAUUCCAUGUGCAGUGUACCCUAGCAUGCCAGUUUCUGGAGGCUUGUAAUCUCUUCAUUUAACAACCUGAUCUAGCCUCUUUAAAGUCUAAGACUUUGAUGAAAUGAAUCUAUGAAGGGAAGGUAUAUUUGACACCAAAUAAAACAAGUUUAUUGGUGUUUUAUAACGUCUUAAUACACCAUAAGGAAUAGACGGUUAUGUAAGAGAAGUUUUUCUUCAUGUUGCUUGUGGCAUGUUUGCUCUCAGCAACAAAAAUUUAGAUGAUGUUGUUAGUAAUGUAUUACAAUUUUUAUUUCAGUUGUUAUUAGCAAAGGUUUUUGCAAAGUAGUAGUUCCAAGCUGUGCUCACUAGUGAUGACAAUCACUCACAAAGGCAAUACCACUAAGUAGUGAUUUUGAUAUCUCUUCUAAUUCAUCAUUUUCUUUGUUAUCAUUACAAUCGCUGUUGUUAUUAUUAUCAUCGUAAUGUUGAUCAUUGGCAUCACCAUGGUUAUCUUUGCCUUGAUGAGCUUGUCUUUGUUUAACUUCUGGGAGAUGUUACUUAGACUGUUAUUGCAGUGAAGGAAGGAACAUGCUAAUUUGCUUGCUUGUCCAUGUUGUUUCAUAAUGGGCAGCUUAACAUUUAGUUUUACUAUAGUAAAGAAGUCUGUACCCUUGCAUGUAGCACAAAGCUGUAUUCCUAUAGAUAUAUCAUUUUAUGAACUAAAGCAAGAGGUGGUGCUUUUAACUAAUGCUGAAUUUUCAAAAUAAGCACUACCCCUUAAGCAUAGGUUCUUAUCUCAUCAGAACAUUUGAGCAAUGAUAAAUAAUUGUUGAACUAUUUAACUUAGCUUGUCAGUUUCAUGACGUAUACUAUUGUGGCAAGUAUUUUGGUGGAGCCAAAUAUAUUCACAUACUGUGUAUUAAAUAUU